AUAUGUAAACGUAUGCCACUCCUUAUUGAAAGUAGACAUGUAGUGUGAUUAACAUCACAGCUGGAGGGGUGGUUGUACAACAGGAAGUUAGGGGAAGUACAGCAAUCUAUAAUAACCUCAUUCAAGAAUUCUUUCUGAUGAUUCAUUUGCAUAGCUGUCUUCAAAGCCUCUAUUCAUGCGCUGUGGUGAUCUGUGACGGUCUCGAGUCGGGACUUUCCAUACCGACUGAAUUGGGAAACGGUCCUGCUAUCAUUAACCGAAAGAGGAGGGUCCAUUAUCCACACCCAAGAAGGAUAACCUUUUUUUAAUUUGGUUUUUGGUAUUCAAAUAUGGCGGAUUAGACACCUACAAAAGAGAUGUCCUAGAAGGGGGGAGGGGUUUGAGAGAGCAUAUGAUCCCUUGGUCUGUGUGUGUGUGUUUGUGUGUUCACUUGAGAUAUUUAUUUAAUUUCUAAUGUUGGUUAAAAUAAUCACAUUCUACAUGAUUAAAUUAAAAGGGUCAUGCAUGCCUGUGCUUAAUAUACAAGACAAUCAAGUCUAUACUGACCCAGGGUGAGAAAAACACUUUUUCUGAGAAUGCAUUUAAUUUACUCUCUAAAAAAAGUCUAUUGUUUUUUACUGCACAGGAUGUGUUUUGUUGGACGUACAUCCACUGGGGCUUUAACUGAAAGAGAAAUGUAGACGUUUCUGCAGUUAAAUGUUUUUUUUUUCUGAAGGGAAAGGUGAAAUGGAUCCAGGUGUAAAGUUCAGGCUUUAUGUUGGACAUAGGAGGUUAGAGGGAAACACAUGACUUCAUGUCCUUUGGAACCUCAGGCAGUGUUUGCCUAUGACGUGAGGGUGGUGGUGGCUGAACUGGUAGUUUUGUUUCUUCACUUCAUUUCAAACUUAACCACGCUUACUUUCACUUUCUAUUGUACUGAAGUCUUUUGAUUUGAGUUGCAUCCCCUCCCCACAUGCUCGGCCCAUGAUCUUCUACUUUCUGUUGCAGUGUGAGUGUGUGUCGCUGUAAGAAAGCAAGACCUUGGGUUCUCUCAAACCCCUUUCCCUUUUAAGGACAUCUCUUUUACCUUUAUAUUUCUAAACUUAAAUACAAAAAAUGGAAACUCUUGUUCAACUAAAGAACAACCCCUUUUUGAUGGGAUUAUGUCGCAACGGGCCUCCACCUGACCUGCAAUAUGAUAACUCCUCAGAGCUCUUCCGCAUCUCUACCUUUGCCCGGUUCCCAGCUUCAGGAGUUACAGAGCGGAGUUUGGCGAGGGCCGGCUGGUUCUACACCGGCGUGGGCGACCGUGUGCAGUGUUUCAGGUGCAACGUGACGGCAGAUGGCUGGCAGGCGGGAGACUGUCCGUCUGAGAAACACCGGCAGCUCUCUCCUUCCUGCUCCUUCAUCCAGAGCCUCCCGUCCACAGCCAACCUGCUCUCCUCCUCGCACUCCGCCUUCUCCCCGCUCCGCAUCGCUCCAGCUGUACCGCUUUCUGGUCCAGGCCCAGCUGCUCCUAACCCGGUAGUAAACCAAGGUGAGGAGCCGGCGGGCUACCUGAACAUGGCCUUCUCUGCUCCCCCCCCCUCCAGCCCGCUCAGCUCUCGGGGUGUUGAGGACAUGUCCCACCAGAGACCGACGUGCCAUAACCCCAGCAUGCGCAGAGAGCAGAACCGCCUGGACUCCUUCCACCCGUGGACGCUCUCCAUCAUAACCCCCUCCGAGCUUGCCAAGGCGGGCUUCUACUUCCUGGGCCAGGGCGACCGAGUGGCCUGCUUCAGCUGCGGAGGACAGGUGUGUGUCCUCACGGAGGCACCGACCCCACUGCCUUAUGGAAGAUUGAGUAACUGGGAGCCAGGCGACAGAGCCGUAUCCGAGCACCAGAGGCAUUAUCCGAACUGUCGUUUUGUGCGAGGGGACAGAGCCGACAACGUGUCGCUGGCGUCCGGAGGAGUCUCCUCUCAGCUGCCUUCAGGGGCCCCGGGCCUCAACAAUGUGUCCAACAACGCCAUGCAGCUGAGCGACGAGAGGCUGCUCACGUUUGUCAACUGGCCGUCUCGUAUCCCGGUCCGGCCCGACCAGCUGGCUAAAGCUGGGUUCUACUAUGUAGGUCGUAAUGAUGACGUUAAGUGUUUCUGCUGCGACGGAGGCCUGCGCUGCUGGGAGUCCGGAGACGAUCCUUGGGUGGAACACGCUAAAUGGUUCCCUCGGUGUGAAUAUUUGCUCCAAGAGAAGGGACAAGAGUUCGUUCACCAGAUCCAGGCUCGAUUCCCUCGGCUGUUUGAGCAGCUUUUAUCAAAUGGAGACAGCCGCUCCAGAGAGUUUACGGAUCCACCUGUAGUUCACCUCGGCCCAGGAGAGGAGCGCUCCGAGGAUGCAGUGAUGAUGAACACGCCUGUGAUUAAGUCCGCUCUAGAGAUGGGCUUCGAGCGUAGUCUAGUGAAGCAAACCGUCCAGAGCAAGAUCCUGACGAGCGGGGAGAACUACCGCACCGUCCAGGAGCUGGUCUCAGACCUGCUGAGUGCCGAGGACCAGAAGAGGGAGGAGGAGCGAGAGAUGGUGGCCGAGGCAAUGGCAUCAGAUGGCUUCACCUUUGUGAAGAGACACCAGGCAGCGUUGAUCCAGCGGCUGAAGAGUGUGGAGCCAGUGCUGGAGCAUUUAAGGGAGCAAACUGUGAUCUCCACAGAGGAGUACGGCGGUCUGAAGGCUCAGACGUCGGCCCAGCAGCAAACCGCCCGGCUGAUCGAGCUCAUCCUCACUAAGGGAAACGCCGCAGCCGAGGUGUUCCGCAACUGGAUCCAGAAAAACGACGUCCACCUGCUCAGAGAUCUCAUGGCCGUAUCUAACGAAGCUGCAUCACCAAGCCAAGAUAUUUCAGACCUCCCCAUGGAGGAGCAGCUGCGGCGCCUGCAGGAGGAGCGGACCUGCAAGGUGUGUAUGGAUAAAGAAGUCAACAUCGUGUUCAUCCCCUGUGGACACCUGGUGGUGUGCAAAGAGUGUGCGCCGUCGCUGAGGAAGUGUCCAAUCUGCAGAGGCCUGGUGAAAGGAACGGUCCGAACCUUCCUCUCAUAACCGGGGAGUCGUUCAGUCUCACAACACUGUUAGCAAUAUGAUAGAAAUGUUUAUACAGUUGAGGAUAUAAUCCAAUAUUACAGUUGUUAUAAUCAGUAGAAAGCUCUGGGUGAAGUACAUUAUUGAUGGGAAUUAUAUACAUUUUAUCUGUAAAAACUUCUGACAAACUUUAAUUACUAAUUGUUAAAUGACCUAAGAUUGUAUUAAACUUAAUUUAUUUGAGAUUGUAUAA